UAGUAAAUAAUGAUUUUUUCUUCUUUUCUUUUGUAGAGAGUUUGAUGUAGGCGUGGAUCUAGGUUCUGGACUUGGAUAUGUUUCCCGUCAAGUUUUAAAAGAUACCGUCAAAUUUCUAUAUCAGUGUGAACUCUCAGAAAAAUUACUGAGACAAGCACAGGUUUCACCAGAAGUUCCUACUCAAAAAAUGAUAGUUGAUGAAGAAUUUCUCCCCUUUAAAGAGAAUUCUUUGGAUGUAAUUGUGAGCAGUUUAAGCUUACACUGGGUCAAUGAUUUACCAGGGUGUUUCAAGGCUGCUCAGAAGGCUUUAAAACCGGACUGUCCAUUUAUCCUGAGUAUGUUUGGAGGUGACACACUGUUUGAACUCAGGGUUUCUCUACAGUUAGCAGAACAGGAAAUACAGGGGGGGAUUAGUCCACACAUUUCACCUUUCACUGAUGUCCGUGAUCUAGGUAACCUAUUAAACAGAGCUGGAUUCACCAUGUUAACUAUUGAUAUUGAUGAAAUAAAAACCACUUAUGAGAACAUGUUAUCCUUAAUGCUGGAUUUGAAAGGCAUGGCUGAAAAUAACUGUGUCUGGGAAAGGAGGCCCAUGCUUCAUCGUAAAACAAUGGAAUUAGCUGAGAAAAAAUACAGAGAAAUGUACAGCACAGAGGAGGGACUAGAAGCUACCUUUCAGAUUGUAAAUUUCAUUGGUUGGUCCCCACACCCAUCUCAGCCAAAACCAUUACAAAGGGGAUCAGCCCAGUUUUCUCUGAAGGAUAUUGAUAAAAUUGACGAGUUAACCAAGGAAAUGGAAUCACUAACAAAGGAUCUGGAUACAGAGUUAAACCAAAAGAAAGACAAAUAACACAGACAGGAUAAAUAAGAAAGAUAAUGCAGUCAGGGCAGUUAACAAAAAUAAAGAAUUUGUCAACAUAACAAA